AUAAUACGGCAGAUGUCAAAGCCAAAUGCACAACAGUCGCCCGCUGGCGGUCGUAUGAGACCAAUACGAGUUAUUGCAUCCGGUACUGUCUUUCUAACGCAUGUCUUGUCUCUCCCGACUUUUCCUGGUGAAGGUACGAUCUCACGGGCGCGAAACGUUACACGAUUGCGAGGAGGAAGCGUUGCCAAUGUUCUCACCGUCCUUGGGCAGUUUUCUGGCGUCGAUGCAUUGCUGGUAGCCCCUCUAGCAGGAAAUACUGAGGGUGCAAUGCUUGCAAGGGACCUGCAGCGUGAAGGAGUGAAUACCCGGUUCUGCAAGGUUUGGGAAGGUGCGAGCGUACCAAGCGCGUGGAUAAUUGAAGCUGAAGAUUCGAGCUCACGAACAAUUAUCAACCAUAAUCCAUUACCUGACAUAACCCACGAAGAAUUCGUGAGCUUACUCGGACCCCUACUCGUUCCGGAAAACUACGAUCUUCCAAUAUCACCGCUCCCAUCACCAACUUCUCCUGGAAGUCCUCAGUCCUCGGCUCCAUUUGACUGGUUGCAUUUUGAAGGCCGCUCUGUGAAAACAACUUUAUCGAAUAUUAUUGGUAUUGACGGGCUUGCGAGGGAGAGAAAAUGGAGGAGUCAGUGCGUUUUCAGUCUCGAUGCUUGCAAAACGAGGCAAGGAGUUGAAGCUCUUAUUCCUCACGCAGACGUAAUAUUCUUUUCGAAACAAUAUGCGCUUUCCCAAAACGCUGCAUACACUACUCCACGACCUUUUCUCCUUGCUCUCGCCUCAUCCGGACGAGUACCUCCGCAUGCUCUACUCAUCGCUUAUUGGGGUUCUGCGGGUGCUGCACUUCUCAGCGUCCCUUCUCGAGAAUAUCUCCAAUCAAGCGGGUGGGUGGACGACGAACCUCGUUCGACUCGUCCACUCAGUACGCUCAGCGACGCUACUACUGGCGCUGCACUUUCUGAUGCGGGAGCACAUGGCGUAGCCAGUGUUCGUAGCGGGAGUGGAUUCUGGGCAGCCGGACAUCGAGCUGGCAGUGGAACCUCGAGUAGCGCGUUUACAGCGUUCUCCGGUAGUGCUCAGAGCAGUAAUAUCCACGAAAGCUUCGGUUCAUCUGCGUCAGCUGGGAUGAGCGAUAUUCCAGUAGUACGCGCUGAAGAUGUCGAUGCAGAUGCAGAUCGAGACUCCCAAGGAACCGAGACUGGAGGAGGAAAACGCGAGAAAGAUAAGCGUGACGAAUCUGCUGCGCAAGAUGCGUUCAUCGCUGGGAUGAUGUACGCUUUGAGUCAGCGAAUUUUACCUGGACCUCCGUAUACGCCUUCUUCUGGAUUACAUCCUCAAUAUGGGGCUGGUAUAUUGGACGUCGAACGAGGAAAGUGGAAAUUAGAAGAUUGCUUAAGAUUUGCGAGUGAGCUUGCAGGUCGACGAGCGCGACGAAAGGAUUAUAAUGGACUUGCGGAUGAGAUGAGACGCGCUGGGUGGUUCGAUUAAGUCUUCUACGGCAUAUUCUCUUACUGGAGUCUACCUGCUGACGAACAUUUCUGAUAGUCUAUGUUCUCGUUCCUUGCUUCGACAUGUUUCAUGUAUAUCCACCUUCCGUUUUAUCAAUAUACCCAAGCAAUUGUAUACGACUCGCAAAGAGUACAACGUGAUUGAUUUUCGAGCCGUACAACUUUUCGACUCUAAGAUUCUAAUGACGCGACUUUCUAUAUCAAAUGGC